AGGAUGUAUUGCGAAGUUGCCAGUGACACAGUUUAGUUCGAUAGCCACGAAGUUUUUUUUUUGGAACCGGAGCUGUGAAAAAAGGAAAUGAGUUCCGUGCAGGAGGAGAAGCCGCCUCCAGAGGGCCCUACAAAGACCCAUGUGCGAGAUAUAAGGAACACCGAGCUGGUCUCUCGUCUACUUGCUGCUACUCCACCAUAUCUAUACAGUGCGUUACCCCUGCAGCCUCAUGCAUUCUUCUUCAGCGAAAUGCUCAGAUCCUUCGUCAACGCACGACACGGCUGUCGCCCCCCGCAUUACCAUCGCCGGUUUAAACGCCGCGCUCACAAAUAUUUUGCUGAAAACGAAACCGAGUUUCGACGAGACUGGCACAAGCAAGAGGAGGAAAAGAAGGAACCAGAGACACGACCAGAAGUUCCAUUGGAAUUAACUGUCGAUAAACAUCCGAGGAUGCGCGAUCUUUCGCCGCGAAGGCUCUCUCCAAAGGCAGAACCUAAUAAACCGAGUGGUAGUCCUGGUCCCCCUGGAAGACAGUCCUCGUUCGUGGACGUUGGCACUGAAGAGUUGCCUAAGCCUUCCCCUUGUAUUGGCAGGAACCCUGCAGAAUCUGCUGCGGUGCCACCUUCGAACUUGAUUCUCCCUCCGCCACCUCCAAUGUGGUACCCUCCGCUCUACAACCCUCAGUUUGGAGUAGAUCCCCUCAAUUUCUUCAUCGACUUGCGCGUUUCUGGACACAUUUAUGACAGAAAAAGAGCUCUGGCUGAAGGUAUCGAUACGAAUAUCUCUCAAGAGGUUCGUCCAGAAGAGGCGAGCUUGGAGAAGCGGCUGGGUAGAGAUUUCGGGCAUAGACCACGACACAUGUCGGCAUUUUCUGUUCCUGUUCGUUCGGGAACCAUCAAUGUGGAUGGACCAGAUAAGUAUUUCGAGCAUCGUUCGAAUUCCGGGCAAGUUAACGGUACUUCUUAUAUUAUGAGGAAUUUGAAACGUGUUUACGAAGACCUCCAUGCAGGCAGAGACGAUGCAAAGGUUAGCAAGGAAGAAGAUACGAAAGAAGAGUCAUCUGACGUUGAUGAUGACAUCAUGGACUAAGUCUACGAGUAUGUUCUAGAACA